AAUAAAUUAUAGUAUUAUCUGAAGAAAUGUAAGAAUUAUAAAUUAAUAUACGUUACGACAAUGAUUUGAAUAUUGAAACUUGAAAUUAAUCAAUUUCCUACCUGCAAUGGGCAAUGGGGAAGCAAACUAUCAAUUUGUUGUACAUAGAGGGCGCUAAGUGUUUGUCAUCAAAAGAUACAUUGGUUAUAUGGGAACAUUUGUGAUUUUUCGUUUUUAUUCAGAGAAAUGGGUCGUUGUUCUUCUUUCGGAUGCAAAGAAAUGGGAGUUUAUAAGUUUCCUAAAGAUACUAUUAUGAGAAGAAAGUGGGAAAAAUCUUUGAGGAUAGUAAAGUUCAAAUGUACUGAUCAUUCUAGGUUAUGUGGUAAACAUUUCAAACAUUCUGAUUUUGAGACUACUUCAAAGACAACUGGGUUUCCACUCCGAAGAAAAUUUUUAAAAAAACCAGCUGUACCUUCCGUAUUUCGCUGUACUUCGAAUUCUAUCAGUCCACGGAUGUUGAGAUUAGAAAAAAGGAAUGCUAAACGUGAUUUGAAGCCAGCUAGUACUGACACAUCUGAAAUUGCCGAAGAUAAAGAGAAUCAGCUUCCUCUCUAUGAUAUACAUUAUCUAGACCUCCAACAAGAAAUUGCCUCAGAAGUUACUUUCCACCCCGAGGAAGAUAAUCCUGAUGAGGAAAACCUAAUCAGCCAGUCCACACAAACACUAACUUUAUUCAGAUUAUUGCUACCAUAACACACCAUCAAAAACAAAAAUAUAACGGAAACAUAUCGGAAUCGCAGAACACGGAAAACAAACUGUCAAGUGUCUAAAGACAACUACGGUUUUUCAUGCAUUUCAGUAGAUGAGCGUUGUUAGAUAAACUCUUCAUUUUAACAGUACUGAUAAGAGUGAUGGGACAUCUUCAGAUGAUUCGUCGUUUUUGUCAGUUUUUUUACGUUGAAUAACAUUAAAUCAAUAGGUAGAAUUGGAACCUCUGGCGUAAAAUAAUUACAACCAAAGAAAGCACUUGUCUCGAAGCGCGUUUCGCUAACCAAUUCAGUAUUAUUAGGAGAGGACUAAAACUUGCCGUUCGCUAACCAAGUUUGCAUCAUCAAAAGAUGAGUAAAACUCGG